UACAAUGGGUAGAUAACUCUAACAAAAAAAGUCUUUGCUAACCAGUGUAUAACUGUUUUCUAGAGUCUAGACUAGAUCUAGAAUUCUAGAUAGAUCUAUUAUAUUAUUAGCAUUUUGUAAUUAUGAAUAUCUACUAUAUCUAGAGACACUAGAUCUAAUCUAAACCUACUAGAUUUUUACAUCUUUUCUUUACUUUUGUCUGCUAGUUAUAUUUAUAUAGAGGGUCUAGAGUGACGAGUUAGUCUUCUUAGACUUAAAAAUUAGGCUUAGGGCUUAGGACUAGAGUACUCAGUUAGUUAGUCAGUACUAGAGUCUGACUGAGUAGAGACUCUAGUUAACUCUAGUUCUAGUAGUAGAGGCUAGAGCAGUAGAGCUAUUCUCAACUUAGACUUUAGAACUGCAGAGCCAGAGUGCCAAGAUGACACUGACUGUAGAAGCAAAUGAAGUUGUAUGGAAUGUAGACAUGGAAGUCAAUCUCUUCCAUGCAAUGAGAGGGCACAAACCUGCAGGUGUUAAUCGCCACUUUCAGAUGUUGGCAAUACAUGAACGUCUGAGCUCAUCUUGUAAAAAGAUUACAUCAGAUGAUGUCUGGGGUCAUCUUUCCACAUUAUAUGAUCUACAAGCAUUGAAUGAGUCAGAGAUGUUGCCGUUUCCUAACAAACCUGGUGACUUUGACAUUGUAGACAGUGAGUUUCAAGAAUUAUCAGAGAAAAGUUUUCCAAGGACAUCCUAUAUCAAUCUACCUACAGUUGCUGAAACACCUAAAGCAGCAGAAGUUUCAUCAAAAAGUACACCAAAAAUUGUGAAAACAGAAACUAAACCAGAGACUAAAACCCCCAGUCACAAAUCUGAAUCUAGAGGAAGCACACCAUCAGUGCGAGUUGAAAGCAAAUCAAGUCCUGCCCCAUUCAAGUCCUUACCACAAAGUGUCACACCUAGCACACCAAGCCAGGAGCCAUCACCCAAACGUACGAAGAGAACUAGAAAUGUGCCGUCUGCUAACAGCCCAGCCACACCAACUGAACCUUUAGCUAAACGGAGACGAUAAUAUUGAUCUAUGUGUGUAUAUAGAUCAGCAAUUGUUAAAUGUAUAUAUUAUUGGCAUAAAUACUAUUUUCCUUUUGAUUAAAAGAUAGGAAUGCAUGAGAUAAAUUUAUAACCAUAAUGAAAAUAAACAUACAUAUUAAAUAAAACUGUCUAGCUACCUAUCAAGAGGCUUAAGUUUUCUGAGCAGGUAUAGGCAGAAUAGAAACCUCCCACAUACCCUUCUUCCAAUGGUUAACAAAAGAGUUUGGGCCACAACAUAAUAAUUGAACUAUACAAAAACAAUUAAAAAAAGAAUUUUUCAACUUGUUUUUUAACUGAAACUAUUGUCAUAGAGUUAAAAUUUCAAUGAUUUAAUAACAACACAUGACUGGAAAGGGGAAGGUCUAUUGUCAAUACUUGACAUCUCUAUUUUUAAUGAAAACAAACAUUAUUCAGGGAUAAUGAACAAAAAAAAAAAAGAAAAUCAGUAAUACUGGUAUAUAGUAAAAAUCACUUUUCUUAAAUUUUUUUUUUAUAUUGUUGAUAUUACCCUAAAGAAUUACUUUCUGAAGCAUAGAUAAUGUUGAUAAAAAUAUUUCUUAUAUUUCUUAUUUUAUAAUAUUUGAUUUAGAAAAUAUGUUUCGCAGUUGAGUCUUUAUAAAAAGUCAAGCUAUAUUCUGCACUCUUAAGACUUAAUAACAAAAUUCUAUUCUAAUUUUAUUUGAAACGAGGCUCUAAACCAAAGCCUGCUACGUAUGUAUGUCAAUUUUUGAAAUAAAAAUACAAUUUACAAGUUCUAAUUAAUUUUUUCUUUGUUGGUAGUAAUGUUUGUGCAAUUACGUCUCUAAGUAUUUCAGCAAAUAAUUUGUAUUCAUGCCUCAAGUAGCAUAGUCUUAUUCUUAAAUAUUUGUCUUUUUUUUUUCAUUACUGUUUACAUCUCCUAUUAAUUUUAAUUUCAACUUAUUUCUCAUUGUGCUUUGAAUAUGUAGAAAAAAACAAAAGGACAAAUCAACAAUCCACAGAAAAACAAAUUUAUUACAUUGUUUGUUACAAAAAUCUUCAGAGACAAAACAUAUGCUGAACACAAAAAAAAACUAUUAAAAUCAAUAGAUGCACACUAUUUGAAGCCUUCGGUGGAUUUAUCAAUUGGUAUCUCAACAUAAGGAUCAACUCAUGUUGACUUCUACAACCACUUAACUGGCUGAAAUACAACAAUAGAUCUAAGUUAGAAAGAAAAGGGGUGGGCAUGAAAAGAAAUGAUAGUAUAACAAACAUUAUGAAAGUGAUUUGGUAACAUUUGUGAAAAUUGAGUUCUAGUCUAUGGAACAUUGGCACCACAAUAUUACUUAUUUACAAAGUAUUCAAUAAUACACUAAGAUCUAUUGUAGAAAUUCGUUAUAAAAAUCUUUCCCUGAUGAGCCUGGCCUAGUAACUUUACUGAAUUUGAGAUUUUCAUAAAGAUACCCCUCUUAUCAUUUUACAGUAAAAUUGGGUCAAGUAGGUUAAAUGUUUGGCUGGAAUCUGAGUUCAGUGUGUGGUUAGAUACCAACUUUUAGCUGAAAAAAAAGUAAGCUAUAGCUUUUGGUUUCACAACAUCCUUAUUGUUCUCACAAACUGGUAAACUUAACACCACCAAUCCAAUGGACCUUCUGAUCUCAAAGGGAUACAAUACUUGUAUUACUUAAGACUAAAAUCAAUAGGAUAAAUAUAAUGCAACUUUAUGUUUUCAAAUGUCCUAAGAUAAAUUUGGAUUGUUGAAAUAAAAGUAUGUUCUUGCUGUGAUGCUGUUAUUGGAUUUAAAAAAUCUUUUUUCUGUACACAAAGUUAUGACUAAAUAUUAGUCUAAGUAAAGAAGCCCUAGUAAACUCACUAGUAGCCGACAGACAAGAAUUUUCUUAUAAAACUGUGUACUUUACUUUAAGACACUUAUUAAACUUUAUAAAAAGAAGUUCUCAUCCCUUUGUGAUGGAUAAAGCUUGAUGGAUACAUGAAGCGUCCUCUUAAUGAUGACCUUAGAUGAUUUGUGGAGCUAAGAUUGUACAUAUUCCUAGCUAUAUAAAGUUAAAAGCACUUUCUUCUUUCAUAUUACUUAAAUCUAACACUUUUGAAGACAAGUCUGUGUGUGUGUUUAUAGUGCAUUUCUACACAUUCUUCUAGGUAUAAAGGAUAUGUCCAUAAAUGUAGCAAACAACAAGGAUUUGAUAAACAUCAACAAUGCACAGCAUGAAGAAACAAAACCACAAACCACAGGAAAGGAAUCAAACAAAAUAAAUACUGAAUAAAAGUAUACAUAUUUAUACAAUUGUAAUCAUAGUGACAAGGGUUAAACUAUAAAUAAACCAAGGUGUUAACAACUCUAAUGUGCAGACUUUCCUCAAUGUAUUUUACAAAGAUCAUGAUGGUUUUUAGUUGUUGUUUUUUUUGACAGUCUAAGGUAAAUAUAAAUAAUAAUUUAUCUCUAAACAUCUGCAAGUGCAUAUAAUAUUGAAAGUGAAUUCGUAUAUAUUAUGUAGCUUAAAAAUAAGAAAUGUCUAUUGUCAAGUCAAUAUUUAUUUUAAAAAACAAACACCAAGAAAAAAAAAUAGAUUUCGACAUUUUAUUGAGUUAUUAAACUGCCAUUUGGAUACUGGAUCAAAAUGAAGUGGGGCUACAACACAGUUAUAUACUGCCAGUGUAAAAAUAAAUAGCUCUAGUUGAUAGGAGCCUACAGUUACAAAAACACCAAGACUAAUUCAACUCUAAGGUAACAUAGCAUCAUGCAAAUUAGUAUAGUAGUCAGUUAAUAAGCCUUAGGAAAAUAACUUUUCCCCCACAGAAAUUAUCGUAAGUCUGAGUAUUAAAAAUACAGUGUAUGUAUGUUGCAAUUUGCAUACAAUUCAAUUUAAUAAUAAAGGGUAGACAAGUUCACAAUUAAAUAUUCUCAGCUAUUUUUUUUUUUAUGAAUAUGCAUGCUAUAUUAGUGAAAGAAUGCCAAAUCUGAAUAGAGUGCCCAUACUUUGGUUAAUUUUAGAUGAUUGUAAAAUAAGUAUUAUGAAAAAUUACAACUCAGAAAACCCAAGAUAAAAACAUUCUUACCCAUUAAAAAAAAAUGAGGAUGAUGCAAUAAUUUUUGAACUAAAAAACAUGUAUCAAAUAUAUGUGUGAAAAGAAACAUAUGUAUAUUAUGUCAGUACUAGCAUCUUAUGUAAUUCAAUUUCAUAACAAUACAAGUUUAACAAAAAUGUCUAUCUUUUUUUUUAACAUAAAAUAUACAAUAUGAUAAAUAAGUCCAGGUAAUUACAUAUAGAUAUAUCAAGUUAUUUGUUGUUGUUUUUUUACAAUUUGAAAGAAAAUUGGCGGUCCAGACUUCUUAGAAUGCUGUGACACGUGUUUAAAAAAAAAAAGGAACAAAUUCACCUGUGUACAUUUUGUGUUUUCAAAGGUUGCUUGUGUGAAAUAAAA